CCCACCCCGGCGCCUCCCCCGGGGCAGGGCAGCGGCAGCGGGCAGCCGCGGAGCCCGCAGGAGCCCCGCCGCGGCGCGGCCGGCCACGAGGAGGAUGCUGCGCCCGGGCGGAGCGGCGGCGGCGGCCGCAGCGGGGCGCGGAGCUUCAGGUACCCGCUGGGCCGCGGCUCGGGGGGCCGCUGCGGCCGGGGCCGGCGGACGCUCCCGGCGAUGAGCCGCGCUGCGGGCUCGGCGCUAAUCACCGUGAACGCGUGGGUCCGGCUGGGAGUCAUUUGCCUUUGAGAAGGUGAAUGGAGAUUUACGGAGGAUCUUCUAACUAUUAUUGAAAUGUGACCACGGUGACAAAUAGAGCAAAAUGUGCUGCUUCAACAACUCUGUUGUGGACAUUUAAUACGACUUUGUUUGCUGGAAGGGCUGCUUUUUAGUCAACAUGGCUUCAUCUGGGCAUGAGGUAGAAAGAUGGAAACACAAGGAAGCGGGAGAGCUGCUAGAGGCAGUGACCUCUCCUGAGAACGGUACUCAUCUUUCACCAGCGAAGCCGAUCAGCAGCGUAGACCAUCUCUCGCACCUCCCUGGAAAAGCAGACUCUGCUUACAGCUCUUUCUCAGGGGGCUCAAACGCUCCCGAGUAUCACAUGCCGUCAUGUUACAGUGAGAACGGCUGCGUGCCUCCGGAGCAGGCACCGUACAUGGACUCGGAGUAUGUGAGAGGUAUUUACAAUCUCAGUGCAGCAAACUCUGAACUCAGAUGCGUGCAUCCGUACAAGUCACCAGAUCCGAGCAGCCAUAACAACUCUCACGGCGUCGGUCUCGCUGAACGAUACAGAAACACUCCUACCCGGGGGACUUUAAAUCAGGGACCGGUGCCUCUGGCCGCACCUCCACCUCCAAUGCCUCCUCCACCUUCUCCUCCCACGCGACUCGACAGCUAUAAAGUUACUAGACACUUUGAAAGCACGACGGGGAGAUGCAACUCCGGAAGUCACAGCGAGGGCAGUGCGCAGCCAGGUCCUUCCGUGCAGGACAAUCAGCUAGAAGAUAAAGAUGUAUCAUGGAGUCAAGUCAGGGAUGAAACUGCUGAGCAAGAUACAGUGGCAGCUAGGAGAAAGGCUCUGGAAAACAAGGACCUUUCCUCUUCUGAUUCUAAAAAUGGGCUAUCUAAAUCAAAAAACCAGAGGGUAAAGACAGAGGAAGGUGGAGACCGGAGUCUAUCCCAAGAAUCUAUAAAGAGAAGCAAUCCACACAUUUUCAGCAGACCUUCUUCAUUCAUUUUUCAGGAAUAUUUAAAGACUGACUCUGUGGCUAGUGUCCCUAAAAUUCUUUUUGCUUAUAAUUCAGUUCAUGCUUAUAAAAUUCCUGAAGAGAUGAACUCUAAAGCCUACCCUCCACCACAUGCCAACCCUAACACCGUUAAUGAUACACAAGAAAACAAACAGUAUCCCUGCGCUGCACAUAAGCCAAAUUUCAGAGAAGCAGAUCUGCAAAGUACAACCUCAGAACCCAGCCAGCAAAAAGGAUCCUUGCCUCGUGCUCAGUGCCCAGUCUAUGCUGAGCUGCUUUCAGAUGUGGAUCAGGAUGUGUUUGAGGACAGCUGUGACUUAAAGUAUGUGGAAAAUGCUCUUCCAAUUAAAAAUGUAUCAAAGAAGCUAAACAGCUGUACAGAUAAAUAUCAGUGUUAUGACUCUGAAGGAGAGAUUGGGAAUGAUGUUUGGGAACCACUGCUCAAUCAGCAAGCCAAAAUGCAGAAAUCCUCAGUGCCCCACAGCUUGGAUAGUGUAGAAUCAGAGCAUCCUUGCUGCGGGGAGCUGGAUCAGGGAAAUAAGCCAUAUUAUGAUAAUACUAACCAAACUUCUUUUUUCAGACCAAGGGAAGAUGCCGCGUCUCAUUUUUUAAAUGAAUUCAACGAAGAAAAGCAAGCUAAUAACAGUAGUCCUGACCUUACAAUGCAUCUAGAACAAGAGAAAACCGUACCUCCUGCUUGUUUUCAGAAAUAUCAACCUGAUCUUCAAAAACAUCUCGAAAGACGGGUGCAGGAUGAUAUUGCCAGUAAACAAAUAAAUAGGCAGACAACUCCCCUUCUUUACUAUCUUUCUGGGGAGAAAGCCACCAACACCCUGCAUCAAAGGAAGCAUACCCAACAUCAAGAGGACUUGAGGAGCUCGCCAAAGAAAUUUUCAGCAAGCAAUUACCCUGCCUCAGCACGAUCUGUAGACAUACAAAGGGAAAGUAAUCAGCUUCGAAAGACCAAACACAACCUUCGGUGCGUUGCUGAUGAUCUGAAUGAGGCUGACGAUGUCAUUCUGGGGAGUCCUGGUUCAUCGGUGGAUGAGAGUUUCAAGAACGACUACAGAGAGCAACUUAAGGUGGCUCAAAAAAAGGUUCUGAGAGAAACCUCUUUUAAAAGAAAAGAUCUGCAGAUGAGUUUGCCCAUUAGGCUGAGGAAGAAACCCUCUAAAAGACCUUCAAUUGAACAUCUUAGAUCUCUUUCCUUAUCCAGUGAAAAUGAGGAUGCCAAACUUGCUUCUUGUCCUCCUCCUCAUCUGCAAUCAGUAGAAAACUUCAGUAAAGAUGAAGAAAUUAAGAGAACACAAAUGGGUCGAAUAGGGGGAAGGAAAAGAGUAACAAAAGAGCAAAAGAAACUGUGCUUUUCUGAACCUGAGAAACUAAAUCAGCUGGAAGAUAGGGAUGUAUCAUGGAGUCAAGUCAGGGAUGAAAUUACUGAGCAAGAUAUAGCAGCAGCUGGGAGAAAGACUCCGGAAAACCGAGGAAGGGCACUUUCCAGUUCAGGCAUCUCCAAGACUGAGCUGAAGCAAAUCCAACAUACCGCACUUAUUGAAUACAUGGAACGAAAGAUUAGUCAAAGACCGGGUAGUUUGCAGCACAUCCCACUGCAUAACCCGCCCCUGCAGAAGGGACCUUCAUAUCCUAAAUGGCCUUCUGGCAAGAUUUCCAAUCCAAACAAAAGCAGGAAGAUGCAAAACGAUGAGGUUUUCUGCCGAGUUUUCUCCGAAGAAGAAUUUCCAGAUGUUUUUCCUCCUUUGGCUUUUACCGCCCCGCUGAGCUUGACCAGUAGAUGCAGCACCAGCUCUGCUCCCAAGGCAGCAGACAGAAGCUGCACCAGCAGAUGUGCCUCGGCUGAAAACCUCCCUCAGGCAGAUGCUUCUGCUUCUGGUAGAGGUUGCGAGAGGUCAAAAUCAACUCCUCCUUCCAUGCAGGAUACCUCCAGAUGUGCAACCUCUGCAGUGCCGCCAGCCCGGAGCCGCGAGCCCUGCCUCGGCCUGCCCAGUUUCCAAGAUGCUGAGAAAGAUGAAUCUAAGAAUCAUGAAGAUGAAUGUAAGAGUCAUGAAGAUGAGGACAAUAACACAACUGGAAGUGCCUGCUGUCCGGAUAGUAAGGAGCCAACUCCAGAAACCUCUAAUCCUAGCCCAAGAAGUGGAAGUGAGGAAGAUGCUCAAGUGGAAAAGGAGUGCAGAACAAAAUCUGUGAAUGGCAGUGUUUUAAUAAAAUGCCCAGAACAGCAGUUAGAGGCAGAUGAUCCUGCAGUCCCUCGGGAGAAAGUAACAUACUGCCAGACCACGUUUUUAGUUCAGGCUCAUCAAGGAGAAAAAACUACAGGCAAUGAUUUAGCUGCAAACAAGACAUCCAUGCACAACAGACAGGAUGAUGUUCUCCCAGAAAAAGAGAAAUCUCUGCCUAAAAGGAGGCUGCAGUCUCCCGAAGACCAGCGAUACGAAGAACUCGCUAUGGAGAUCAUUGCCAAAGACAGUUCUCUGGCUGAUGUUCUCAUGCCUCAUCCCAUCAGAAAAACUGCUCUAGACUUGAUGGAGGGUCUUUUUCCUAUUAACAUUUCCAUGUUAGAUAAAUCUCACAGGAAAAAGGGAGAUGUGCAACAUGGGCAGGAGAAUGAGAAAGGUAAUAAAGAUCUAACAGAAGAAAGCCUUGAAACCGAACACAAUGCCGAGCAAAGGAACGAAGAUCCUGUUUCUAAGGGGAACCAAAUCCUGAACAGGAGCAGAGACAGCACGAAUGACCUAGAUGACAUCACGUCCAAGAAAAUGGAGCUCAUCUCCAGCCUCCGAUCAAAACUGCAGACCCUGUGGGAAGAAAGGGAGCUUGUCCUCUCCGAAAGCAAGGAGUGUGCAGAGCGUGGCAAGGAGCUCGAGGCAAUGGUGCAGGACGUCUGCAAGCCCAACGAGUUUGAGCGCUACAUGAUGUUCAUUGGUGACCUGGAGAAGGUUGUGAGCCUGUUGCUCUGUCUGUCCAGCCGUCUUGCCCGAGUCCAGAACGCCAUGAGGAAGAUCGAUGGAAACACGGAUGCUGAGGAGAAGCAAUCACUGAAUGAACGACACAAGCUCUUGUCUAGACAGCGGGAAGAUGCAAAAGACCUGAAAGAAAACCUGGAUCGUAGGGAAAGAGUGGUUUCUGGUAUCCUUGCCAAAUACCUGACCGAUCAACAGCUCCAGGACUACAGACACUUUGUCCAGGUGAAGACCUCCUUACUGAUCGAACAGAAGGACCUUGAAGAGCAGAUAAAAUUUCUAGAAGAACAAUUAGAAAAUCUUGAGAAAAGCAUCUGCCUCUAAUACCCGGCAACAGAUCAUCCACUUUUACACAGGGGGAUCUGCGACGUUUUCCUGGAAAUCCAUAUGCAUUCGUUGAACUUGGCUCAGCUUGAUGAAUUCUUGCAAUCGUGUUAGUGCCACAGUAUUGACAAGUGCUUAGAAGAUCUAGGCACGUGCUGGAAAUGCUUUCCCCUUCGCAUAGACCAACCGACAAAAUCCUACAGUACGUAGCAGAUUGCAUUUUGGAAAUGACUGAUAGGAUGUGUUGCUCCUAUUAAUUUGGCAUAUUUCCCCCCUCCUUGUUGUCUGUCCAUCUGUUUCCAGAUUGACACAAUCUCAAUAAAACAAUGAUACAAAUA